UCGUUACCAACAAAAUAUGGUCUUCGGCUGAGUGCUCGACUCUUCAAGGAAAGUAAACAAAUAUUUUUAGCGAAAUAACGUCAGUAGACUGCUAUUUCGUUAAAUUACGACCAGACUGUCUGAAAAUGGUCUGAAAAUCAAAAGUGCAGGCGUUUGCACUGUUGUCGCUGGUUUUCGAAGACGCCAGUUAGCGCGCUAACGUUAGCAAGCUAGCCGUAACAGCAAGCCAACAUCACUGGACUGGUAGCUAUCUAGCUACACACCAAGGCUACAGCUAUGUUUGUGCAAGAAGAGAAGAUAUUCGCUGGAAAAAUAUUAAAAAUCCAUAUUUGUACAAUGGAGGGUACGGAGUGGUUGGAAGAAGUUACAGAGGAUACCACUAUUGAAAAACUCAAAGAGAAGUGCUUGAAACAUUAUGUACAUGGAAGUCUUGAAGACCCCAAAACACUCACACACCACAAACUUGUCCAUGCUGCCACAGAGAGGAUCCUCAUGGAAACAAAAACCGUUUCAGAUGAAAAUUUAAAAGAUAAAGAUGUUCUUCUACUGAUAAAGAAGAGACCACCGCCACCCCCUCCGAAAAUGGUGGAUAUAUCUGCAGAGGAGAAGAAGAAGCAAGAUAACAAGGCUCCAGAUAAGGAAGCUAUCCUGAAGGCCACCGCUGGCCUGUCCACCCGCCACACUGACCGCACUGUCACCCAGCACAACAUCAGAGACUUUCAGACGGAGCUUAGGAAAAUCCUUGUCUCUCUCAUUGAAGUGGCCCAGAAGCUUCUCGCCUUGAAUCCUGAUGCUGUGGAGCUCUUCAAAAAGGCCAAUGCCAUGCUGGAUGAGGAUGAUGAGGACCGGGUGGAUGAGACGGCCCUUCAGCAGCUGACUGAGAUGGGUUUCCCUGAGAGCAGAGCCAUCAAAGCGCUCAGACUCAAUCACAUGUCGGUGACCCAGGCCAUGGAGUGGCUGAUUGAGCAUGUAGAUGACCCCACGGUGGACACCCCCCUGCCUGGCCAGGACACCCCAGGAGCAGUAGGGGCCACAGCACCCCCCCUGGUCCAUUCUAUCUCGGCCUCCGCUUUCCGUCCCAGCCUCCUCCGCACCCUCUCACAGACCAGCACAGACGACGCUGCCACCGGAGCCAGGCAGGACGAGCUCACUGAGAUCUUCAAGAGAAUCCGAAGGAAAAGAGAGUUCAGGCCCGACUCACGGGCAGUCAUUGCUUUAAUGGAGAUGGGUUUCGAUGAGAAGGAGGUGGUCGAUGCUCUGAGAGUCAACAACAACCAACAGGACGCUGCGUGUGAGUGGCUGCUGGGGGACAGGAAGCCGUCUCCAGAGGACCUGGAUAAGGGCAUCGACACCAACAGUCCUCUGUUCCAGGCCAUCCUGGAGAACCCCGUGGUCCAGCUGGGCCUCACCAACCCCAAAACACUGCUGGCGUUUGAGGACAUGUUGGAGAACCCUCUGAACAGCACCCAGUGGAUGAACGACCCUGAGACUGGGCCUGUCAUGCUGCAGAUCUCCAGAAUCUUCCAGACACUCAACCGCACGUAGACACUGCACAAACGGUGUGUGUGUAGGCGUGUGCAUUUGUAUGUAGGCGCGCGUGUGUGUGUGGUGUGUGUGUGUGUGUGCGCACGGCUGUGACAAGUAUUGUUUUCGCCUUGAAAAGUCAAAGCCGGAGAAGAUGUGUAAAUGUAAGAGUUCAGAAGACGGAGAUGUGACAGAUAUAUCUAUUUAUACCACAGAAAAAAGAACAAUGUUAACAUGAACAUGAUUAUAAAAAUUAUUAUAAAAAUGGUUGUUUUUUACAUUUUAAUAAGAACAAUUUAUAGUUAAGACCUACAUGAUUUAUUUAAAAUAAUUUAUCCAUGUACCUAAAAAAAUGACCAUCAGGCAUCAAAACAAUGUUUACACUUUAAAAUCAGCUUUUGUAUGUUUUGCGAUAUUUAAAUAUCAAUUACAGUUUCAUUUGUUUCCUUAAAUUGCUACAUUUCAUCAAAGGCGAAUGACUUCAGGGCAAGCAGUCAAGUCCGUAUCAUUUGGUUGAAGACGGGUCUGCAUGUGAACAUGCACCCUAACUGUUGUGUGUCGAGGGAACCAGGAUUCAGUACUAGCCAGGGGUGUGUUCAAAAGGUUGAAACGUUCAGAAUGUUGCAGAUGGUUCCGUGUGGCACCAUCUGCAACAUUCCCACAGGGUAACAGUAUGAAAAUGUAUGCCCUCACUACUGUAAGUCCCUCUGGAUAAGAGCAUCUAAUAAAUUACUUAAAUGUAGAUAUAAAUGUAACAUAUAGAACUGACAUGAUGGAUUCUCUCUCUGACAAAGAAGAAUGUAUGUUCUAAAUGAUGUAUUUCUAUCUGAACGUUUUGUUACUGUUCAUCUUUCUGAAUGAUUAAGCCCCAGGUGAUGUUAGAGGGCAACGGUUGUGCUUAUCACAGUCAGUAGAGUGUAGAGGUACAGGGGUGUGUUCAGUAGGAAGCAAACAGAAGCAAAUGGAUUGAAACGGGAAAGGGCCUAUCUGAAUUUGUCCAAUAGAAAUUCUCGUUUUCAUUGUAAAAUGUUUUACUACACUGGCACUAAUGAAUGCACCCCAGGUGGAUAUGGGUGGUCAGACACUUUACCUCUCACUCUGUUCAACCUUGGGAACCUACUGCCUGCUGUGAGUCACUACUCAAAGAUGUGGAAAAGUAAAGGAGGACAUUUUCUUUGUGCUUCUCCCAAAUAUUUAUUUAACUGCUACAUUUUUUGUUGUUGCCUAUUUUUAGAAAAGUGUAGUAUUAUAAGCUGUCUUUUUAGUGUCUGUGAAGUCAAGUCUGUGUAAUAAUGGUCUUUGGUCCUGCUUUAUCUCGAGACCUAUGUAUAAAUUCUCAAUGUGCUCUGAUUCUGCGCCUGUUCUCAAUACUCUUACCACAGCUCACUGCAGCAGGCAAAAUAUUACUCCUGGAACUCCUGAGAAAUACAUUUUCUGCCAAUGGGUGGUAUGGUUGGCCUGAGUGCCAGUCUGUUUGUGCUAUCAUGCCAACUCAUUGUCACUGAUUGUGUCAACCCAUAUUUGGCUUGACAAUGAGCAAUGGAGCUGACAAGAGCAACAACAGAUCUGGGACCAGAAUACAGUAUGAUAGGUUUCAGGGGAAAUUGAGGCUUGAUCCAUGAACAUAACAAAUGAUUCAAAGGUAGUCGUUUAAGUGAUGUGAAGGUGUAUCAUUCCUUCCUGCAAUGAAGCAAACUAGGUAUCAACAUGUAACCCAAUGCAUUGAAGAAUUUUACAUGCAGUGGUAUACUGAGCUAAGUAAAACCCCUAGUCUAGUGGUGGGCCGUUGUACUUUCGAGAGCAAAGUAGAUGUGAGCUGUUUAACCAAAACAUGAACUAAUUAUUAUUGACUGUGAGAUGACUUGCCUUGUCAUCAGACAGACCAGUUCAAACUACAAUAAUACAGUAACUUGUUGUGCAAUAGCUAGAAUCUAUAGAUGGACUUGAGUUUUGUAGACUUGUUAGAAUACAUAUUUGAUUGGAGUGUUAGGAAUGUGUGAAAUGCAAUGGGUUAGUGAGGCUGUAUGUUUAUUCUAUAUCCUUUGACAGUAAUUUAUAAUAACAAUAAGUGACUUCCCAGAAACACUAGUACUGCUUUUGUUACAUAUGAUUCAAUAUGACUGAUUUAUGGGGCUCUUAGUGUGCUUCCCAAAUGCACCACGUUCCCUAAAUAGUGCACUAGUAUUGACCAGAGCCCUAUGGGUCCUGGUCAAAAGUAGUGCACUAUUAGGGAUUAAGGUGCCAUUUGGGACAAAGACUUUGUUUUCAUUGUGAAUUUCAUCUAAAAGAAGAACAUGAAGGAUGCAUGGUGUGUUUUGCCAAGCUUUGAGUGUUUUAUUCAAUAUUUGAAUUGUAGUGUUGAUGUGACUUUGCUCAGGGAGGCUGUUUUUUUCUAGCUAUGCCAUCAUGAGGCAAAUCUCUACUCCUGUUGUGCAAACAUUUGCCUGAAGACUUUCACUGAUCCAUGAUAACCUGGCUUAUUGAACAGAGCGUCACUAAGUAUGGUUUGGUAAAAUGCAAUAUUUCACAAUUAUUUAAAUGUUUUUUAAUGGAGAAGUAUUUGCUUGAAUUGUGUGUUUAUUUAUAUUUUAGCCAAAAUAGUUACUUGCUCUUAUUAAUAUUACAUUUUAGAGAAUCUGAAAUUUGCACUUCAAGUUAUUGAAUUACAAUUUCUUUACAAAAUAGAUCUAUACACAUUUUCAGAAAAUACGUUUUUCACUAGCAGGUCACGGAUCUGUCGAGCAAAGUAGCAUUUUUGAAUGUUCAAAGCAUUUGUAUAGAUGGAAGAGGAGACUACAUUGGCAGCCUUUCUGUAUACAGGUCUAGGAUGCUGUGGCAGAGUUUUCUAUCAUGGCUAGUGUUAUUUGUUAUAACAACAUGGACCGUUUUUAGUUUUUCAUAGUAAUCCAAUAUCAAAUCAUGUAUUUCCCAACUGCAGAGACUGAAAGGUAGAAGACUAGGUACAAACUUCAGCCGUCAGGAGCUGAUAGGCUAGAUUGGUAUUUGAUCAGUGCUUAAGGGGUAUUUUUAGUGUGUGAGAGUCAUCUUGGCAGUUGGAUUGUUUUUACUGGGUUCCAUACUAUACUGUCCGGUAUUAACAACCUAUGCAAUAUACUCUCUCAUUCUGUUAAACCGACUAGCCUCGCCCUCGGGGCUACUGUCAUUCAAAUCACAGUUACAUUAAAAGCAUUUCUGUUGCUGUUUU